AUGCCGCACCCGUCACUGAAGGCCGUUACCCUCACCCACGUCCGCUACCACAGGGGCGACCAAUUAGGUCAUUUCCUCGCCUGGAUCUCUCUUGUCCCCGUCUUCAUCAGCUUCGGCGGAUUCGUCGCCCACUUCAUCUUCCGGCGGGAGCUCCAGGCGAUGUUCUUCGCCGUCGGCCUCCUCAUUUCCCAAUUCGUCAACGAGGUCGUCAAGACCACCGUCCAGCAGGCCCGCCCGGUCACCUGCGAGCUGCUCGAGAUGUGCGAUUCCCACGGCUGGCCCUCCAGCCACUCGCAGUACAUGUUCUUCUUCGCCACCUAUUUCACCCUGCUCAUGCUCAAAGGGAUCGGCCUGGCGCAGACCAUCAGGAACAAGGGGUUCGCGUUUUCCCUGGCCUGGUCCAUGGCCGUGCUCACAAUGUACUCUCGGGUGUAUCUGGGGUACCACACGGUGGCCCAGGUGUUCGCCGGCGCAUCGCUCGGGCUUGUCCUCGGCGGGACCUGGUUUUGGGUGGUGAAUUCGUUGAUUUUCUUCUACUUCCCGGCGAUUGAGGAGAGCAGAUUCGGGAGGAUGUUCUAUGUGAAGGAUACCUCCCACAUUAGCAAUGUGUUGCAGUUUGAGUAUGACAAUGCGAGAGCUGCUAGGAAGAAUAUGGCUGCCAGAAAGGUUAUGGAUCCCAAAUCAACCUGA